GCACACACACACACACACAGAUUUGGUCCUCUAAUCAGUCAGUUGAGAGCAGGUCCAGCCACAGCAGCAAACCUCCUCAUGGCUCUACUGACAGCAGCAUCCUUCUACCUGUGUGUCCUGCUGGGAGUGAAUUGCUGGCAUGAUCUGGACAACACAGAGUUCGACUGUUGGCCCAUCAACAGUCCAAAUGAUUUCAACAUGAUUAGCUGCGGUGGUCUGGAAAUGGCCUGGGUGCAGCGUCCUCCCGAGAAAGUAACGAAUGGGGAAGAGUUCAAUGUCUCGUACACGGUGACGGCCUCAGAUUCCUUCUAUGACUACACAGUGAGGAACAAGAUUUUCCAGUUCAGUAACGCAUCAGAGGCAAAGCGAUUCUGCCAUGACCACGACUGCCCGGCAAACUGGAACAACGCCAAUGAAAUGAACUGCUGCGUGUAUCACGCCAACAUCCACUCCUGUCCACUUGGUCUCAUGAAACAAGGUGGGAUCUGUGGCCCGUGGAUUCCUGACGAUGGCAAAAUAGUGACUCACACUGUAUCCAAAGCAGGCAAGAUGACCCAGAAAUACUGGACUUCAAAGGUGGUGUUGAUCCAUGUGGGAGUCACCUCGGUCAUUGCUCAUAUCAAAAUAGGACAGAUGCACGCAGCGCUGGAAUCCAAAGUGCUUGUGGUCAGCGCUCAAGUGUGUGGGGAUGACGUCUGUGAGCCGGAGGAAAACUGUCUGAACUGCCCCGCAGACUGCGGCAUCUGCCCGAUGUCCAUCACUACCAAGGUGGCCAUUGGGCUCCCUGUCGCGCUCUUCAGCAGUGGCUUCAUCCUGACCAUGGUGUGGCUCCAGUACCAGAAACAGAGGAUGUUUUGGGAUGAAAGCUGGAUCAUCAACUACAAGAGCAUAAUAUUUAGUAGAGUGUGCUGCUUGGGCCUCGGCAGCACCACCAGCGUGCAGCGCAUCAAGAGUAACUCCACCAUCAGUCGAACCACUGAUGUGACCAUGUGCACCGAGGUCAACACCUCCUGCAAGCGAGGCUUCAUCCAGCCUGGCAUCUAUGAUGGGAAGACGGUGGCAGUGAAACACAUCCAGAAUAAGAAUUUCACCCUCUCUAAAACCAUCAGGAAGGAGGUGAAAGAAGUUAGGCAACUGGACCACCCAAAUCUAUGCAAGUUCAUCGGCGGAUCCAUCGAGGUCCCCUACGUCAGCAUCAUCACAGAGUACUGCCCCAAAGGAAGCCUGUCUGAUGUGCUGCUGAACGACGACAUCCCCAUAAACUGGGGCUUCAGACUGUCCUUUGCUACCGACAUCGCCCGUGGGAUGUCAUACCUCCACCAGCACAAGAUGUUUCAUGGGAGACUUCACUCCAGAAACUGUGUCAUUGACGAUCGCUGGGUGUGCAAAAUCUCAGAUUAUGGGCUAACAGCCUACAGAAAAGAUAACUUAGAGGCCUUUAAUAAUGGCUUCACUUGUGGGGAUGUAAAUCGGAUAUAUUGCGCCCCAGAGGUCCUGCUGGGGAGCAGCAGCAACAUGACACCAGCAGCAGACGUCUACAGCUACUCCAUGAUCCUGGUUGAGAUUGCGACUCGCUCUGACCUCAUUUCAGACCAGGCUGAGGGAGUGAGGCUGGAUCUCAUGUGGCGCCCCCCUCUGCCUGAAGUCAAAACAGGGAAGACAGAUACUGACUGUCCCAGUCAAGGAGACUACUGUGAGCUCAUUAAGAAGUGCUGGUCUAAUAAUGUCACCAUGAGGCCCACGUUUGAGCAGGUGAAGAAGAUCCUUGACAAAAUGAAUCCACACAAAGUCAGCCCUGUGGACAUGAUGAUGAACCUGAUGGAGAAGUACAGCAAACAUUUGGAGUCCAUAGUUGCAGAAAGAACACAAGACCUCCUUCAGGAGAAGCAGAAGACAGAUCGUCUCUUAUACAGUAUGUUACCAAAGCCGGUGGCUGAUGACCUCCGACAGGGUCGAACAACAGAGGCUCAGAGCUUUUCCAACGCCACCGUCUACUUCAGUGAUAUCGUCGGCUUCACUCAGCUGUCUGGUGCCAGCACUCCCCACCAGGUUGUCAACUUCCUCAAUCAGCUAUACACCACCUUCGAUGACAUCAUUGACAAUUAUGACGUCUACAAAGUGGAGACAAUAGGCGAUGCUUACAUGGUGGUCUCUGGGGUCCCUCAGGAAAAUGGCAUCAAUCAUGCUGGAGAGAUAGCCAGCAUGGCACUUGAUCUGGUCAGUGUCUGCCACAGCUUCAAGAUCCCUCACAAGCCUGACACACAACUGAAGAUACGCGCCGGCAUCCACUCAGGACCUGUUGUUGCUGGUGUAGUUGGCACCAAAAUGCCUCGAUACUGCCUAUUUGGGGACACUGUGAACACAGCAUCACGGAUGGAAUCAACAAGUGAAGCUCUGAAGAUCCAGGUGAGUGGGGCCACAGCUGACCUGCUUCAAACACUCAGAGGAUACGUUCUGACAUGCAGAGGAACACUUAAUGUGAAGGGGAAAGGAGACAUGACAACUUGGUGGCUCGAAGCAAAGAGAGACGAUUACACAGACCCACUGACAGGCACAUCUGAAUCCAGAGUGGGGGUCCCUGUACCAGUUAGUGACUAGAUCUGUAAAAUGUGAAAAAUGUGUACGUAAACUGGUUAGGCUUUGUGAGUUAACUGUGCAGAUACAACGAGAGGGUGAAAAUCUAGUUGAUUAUAAUGUCAUACUAAAUUGUAAAUACAAUAGAUGUUACCAUUAAACUGUUUAAACGUGUUUGCCAUUAUCAUGGUUUCACUGUUGUGACAAAGAGUGAUGAUGACAGGUAAAAUGAUGACAAGUGAAAUCUGUCUGAUAUUAAUUUGUAGAAAUAACCACAAAUGCACAAUAUAUGCAGAAAAAUGCGCCAGGACUGACAAAAUUCUAUUUUGAUCAUACAUUUUAUUUUAUUUUUCACUCAUGUAGAGUUUUCUUUGUAUUUUCACAACACAAAGCACUUUUGUCUUCUUCUACAUUAAAUGGGCACUAUGUUGUUUUGGAGAAAAAAUUUAUAUAUGGGGCGGACCCUGCCACUUACCUAGCCUCUAACAGUUUUCUUUGGACCCUAUUUUCCUCUGAAAACAGCUUGUGUAUUAAAUUGUGGGGAAAACAAACAUAUCUGAGUUUGUAUUAUUACCUGAUUGAUAUUGUAAAUGUUAAAAUACAAAGUUUGAAUUUCUUCUCCAAAACAACAUAGUGCCCCCUUUAAUGCUUCUUUUGAUUUCCAAAUGAUGAUACAUACUUUGUUGAUGCAGCAUAGACUCAAUACACAAAAAACACAAUUCAAGCCAACUCAACUUAACUAAUUAGAUUUGUAAAAUAAAAAUGUACAGUUGUCUGUCUGUGGUAAUUUUUGUAAGAUGUUGCUAACUGUGCAGUGCAAUAAUAAUGUUUAACUUAAUUGGUGAUUCAGUAAUUGGUUAUUCAGUGAUUACAUAAGUUACAAUAAAGUUACUUUAAAGCUUUA